AACCUGAAGGCAUCAAAGUAUGCAAGUUUGUCUUCCAGAAAUUAGUUGAUCGUGUUGUUUAUAGCACAGUCAUACAAACUGCCCUUUUCUGUUAUGGGAGAGGCAAUAAUUUGGUGGACAACAUCCUGCAGACUCCAAUUAAAGUAAUUGCUGCCACUUUUGCCAACAGUGCAGUCAUUGUUGGGAGCACAGAGCAAGUCAUGUCUCUGCGGUCUUUUUUCAUACUGGGGUUGAAUAACUUUUCUGGCCAGUGCAGCCAGAUAUUUCCCCCUCAUCUUGGCUCAUCACAGAUAAUCUACGGAAAUGGUACCACUCUUGGCUCUGUAAUUACAUUUCGUUGUUCUGACGAGCAUCAGCUGAUUGGUCAUGGAGUUGUCACAUGCAUUUGGAAAGAAAAUGCUACACAAUGGACAGCUGAUACUCCUUCAUGUAUACCCAUAUCCAAAUAUGAAACCUUUGGGUUUAAAGUUGCUGUGAUUUCUUCCAUUGUGAGCUGUGCCAUUAUUCUCCUGAUGUCAAUGGCUUUUCUAACCUGUUGUCUUAUCAAGUGUAUUAAGAAAAGUGAAAGAAGACGGGCUCAAAGACCUCCAAUUAAAGUAAUUGCUGCCACUUUUGCCAACAGUGCAGUCAUUGUUGGGAGCACAGAGCAAGUCAUGUCUCUGCGGUCUUUUUUCAUACUGGGGUUGAAUAACUUUUCUGGCCAGUGCAGCCAGAUAUUUCCCCCUCAUCUUGGCUCAUCACAGAUAAUCUACGGAAAUGGUACCACUCUUGGCUCUGUAAUUACAUUUCGUUGUUCUGACGAGCAUCAACUGAUUGGUCAUGGAGUUGUCACAUGCAUUUGGAAAGAAAAUGCUACACAGUGGACAGCUGAUACUCCUUCAUGUAUACCCAUAUCCAAAUAUGAAACCUUUGGAUUUAAAGUUGCUGUGAUUUCUUCCAUUGUGAGCUGUGCCAUUAUUCUCCUGAUGUCAAUGGCUUUUUUAACCUGUUGUCUUAUCAAGUGUAUUAAGAAAAGUGAAAGAAGACGGGCUCAAAGGGAUGUGCAGUUCUGGUACCAGCUCAGAAGUGAAGAGCUAGAAAACAUGCAAGCAGCUUACUUUGGUUUGAAAGGCAGGAAUAACAAUAACAACAACAAAAAUAUUAAAACCCAGGCGGAGUCUGAUGGUGAUAGUAAUGUGGCGUAUGACAACCAUGGCUUCUGCAGCUUCAAAGAAGACUGGAUUAAAGACAUCACAGAAACACGCUGUUCUGGAGAAUGCAACUUACAAAAUAAAUCAGCUAAAACCAGUAAUGCACUUGAUAAACAGUUGGUCCCUGGACAUAAUGUUGGUGUUCAGAGCAUCCAUACAGUACAUGCGGUAGACGUCUAUGGGCAGGAUAAGAAUAUCCUUGGAAAACUGCAUAAUCACUUACCUGGAUAAACAACUUCAACUCUUAAGUUGUCCUGGACCAAAGGAAAUUGUGAAUAUACAUGCUUACUGAAUGUGCCUUAAAAACAAUAUCAAAUAAAUAUCUGGACUGUCCCUUAUGUAUCUGUUGCAGUAAAUGUCUGACUAUAGCUAUAAUUUAGCAAAUCCCCCAAAAUAUGGAAAACUAAAUUCAGUUUCACAAAAAAUCAAAAUGAAAUACAUUUUUGAUAUUAGGGCCACGCAUGCUUAAAAAAUGAUUAGGAAGAAAUUACUUGGAUUUGCAGAAAUACAGCAUCUCCUUUCAUUAAAGAAGCACAACUUAUUCCAUAAAAGCUUCAGUAAAAGAUGCUGCUGUUUUAAUGAAUGGGAGAUGCUGUACUGUGUUCCAAAGCACUUUGGAAUUAUUUUUUUUGAUGUGUGUGGGCACCUGCAAUUUCAUAUCAAGUUACCAUUUCUACACUUUGCUUAAAAAAUUAAAAAGGGAUCACAUCAAGAAAGGAAUUGUAUAUUGUUUUAAUAUGCGCUUCAAUGUUGGCUCUUAACAGUUUGUAUCUUUUCUGCAUGUGAAAAUCCUGAAGAUAGUGAGGGUAAAUUCAGAACUGCAAAUUUAGUUUAACUUCUCUUUUUA